UACUAUAGUAUGAAUAGUCACUUGUUUCUUCGGCGCGAUGGGAAUUAAAUGAAUUGGGGUUACAUGUAUUGUGAUUUUUUUUGAAUUGUGUAUAUAUUUGAUUGUUCAUCGACAUGGCAGAAGAUUCUUUCAAACUUGAUUUGAAGCAGGUGAAACUUGACUUGCAGAAGGCAGUUGUAGAAUGUUCGCUGAGAGGAUUAAUGCACAGCACCAAGUGGCUGGCAGAGCUUAAUUAUGCAUUGAUAGAUGUAAACGUAGACUUGCAGGAAUCUGUAUCGUUCAAAGAGCAACCGGUCUCCAGUGAGGGGGAUAUUUAUAUGCUGGCUAAGAGUUACUUUGAUUUAAAAGAGUAUGACAGAUGUGCGUAUUUCUCAAAUUGGUGCCAAGAUCCAAAAACAAGGUUUUUGCACCUAUACUCUCGCUAUCUGGCAGGAGAAAAGAAGAAACUUGAUGAUAUGAAAGACAGUUUCACUGUUGAUCCCAGCCAGAAUCAAAAUCUUCUUGAACUCGCUGCAGAUCUGAAGAAGGAUUAUCUGAAUAGAACCUUAGACGGUUAUGGAUUGUACCUGUAUGGAAUAGUUCUGAAGCGCCUAGAACUGCUGAAAGAGGCGCUAGACAUACUAGUUGAAGCAAUUCAUAAGGAGCCCUUACACUGGGGAGCAUGGUUGGAACUUUCAUCAUUAAUCACCGAUAGGAACAAGUUGGACUCCCUUGUGCUACCAAGCCACUGGAUCAAACAUUUUUUUCUUGGACACACCUACUUAGAUCAACAGCUUAAUGAUGAAGCACUUAAGAUCUAUAGUGUUCUGCGAACUAAUGGAUUUGAGAACUGCAAUUACAUCUUAGCACAGACAGCAAUUGCACAUCAUAAUAGGAGAGAUGUGGAUAUGGCAAUAAACACUUUUCGUCGUGUGCAGAAGGCAGAUCCACACCGCUUAGACAAUUUGGACACAUAUUCAAAUUUGCUGUAUGUUAAGGAAUUGAAAGUAGAAUUGGCUCACUUGGCACACCACGCUUGUGAAAUUGAUAAAUACAGAGUGGAAACCUGCUGUGUCAUAGGAAAUUAUUACAGUUUGAGGUCCGAACACCAAAAAGCAGUACUGUACUUCCAGAGGGCCUUAAAACUUAAUCCACAGUACCUGGCAGCAUGGACCUUAAUGGGUCACGAGUUCAUGGAAAUGAAAAAUACUAAUGCUGCAAUACAGUGCUACAGACAAGCUAUAGAAGUUAACAGAAGAGAUUACCGAGCAUGGUACGGUCUUGGUCAAACAUACGAAAUCCUGAAGAUGGCAUAUUACUGCAUUUAUUAUUACAAACGGGCACAACAACUCAGGCCAAAUGACAGCCGUAUGAUGACUGCACUCGGAGAAACUUAUGAAAAACUGGAGAAACACAAGGACGCUGUGAAAUGCUACUAUAGAGCACAUAGUGUUGGAGACAGUGAAGGAACAGCUCUUCUGAGAGUGGCCAAGUUAUUUGAAAAGCUCAAUGAAAGUGAACAUGCUGCAAAUGCUUACACACAGUUUGUAAAAGAGACUGAUAAUCGCCAAAUUGCUGACAAGAGUGAAUUGUUUCAGGCAUACAAAUAUUUAGCAAACUUUCAUAUAAAGCAUAAUAAAUUGGAUGAUGCCUAUCGAUUUGCGCAGAAGUGUUUGGACUAUGAAGAAACAAAAGAGGAAGGGAAGGCUUUGUUAAGGACAAUAGCACAGAAAAGAAACCAGGAAGAAUCUGAUAUAAGUAUGGAGGAAAGUUCACUAAGUGGAAGCAGGCCAAGACCAAGACUCAGUGAUGGAAGUUCUCUACAACCAUCGCCCAUGAACCUUAGUUUCAAUUAGUAUUCAUGAUGGAUAGACUUGAUAUUAAUGAGAAAGUUCUUACAUUGAGAGAUACUGAAUGGCAGUAUCGGGGCGAAGGCAAUGCCAAUCUAGUGCUGUCACUGCCUCAGCAACGAUGUGUGUUGAGAUUACGCAAGCACGAUUCUGAUCAUUAUGUCA